AUGUUUAAUGAUUUAUUUUUUAACUUUACAAACAAUGAAUGGAUGCAACCUGCUUUAGCAUCUUGUCAUGUAUUAAAAUGGAUUGGUAUUUAUUUAUGUUUUACUUUUAUUUUUGGUGUUUGUCUCAAUGCUAUUGUUCUUAUUAUUCUUCUUCAAAAUAAACGUCGUCGAUCACCAAUUGAUAUAUUUAUUAUUGCUUUAUGUUUUGCUGAUUUAUUGGAUGCCUUACUUGGAAUUCCAUUAUCUCUUACGUCUAAUUUAGCUUGCCGAUGGUUAUAUGGUAAAUAUUUAUGUUAUUAUGAAGGUUUUAUUACUUAUUUUGUUGGAAUGGUUGGACUAUAUUUAUUAACGGCUUUAUCUUUGAAUAGAUAUUGGAAAAUUGUUACACCAACAAAAGAAAAAUAUGUUACUUUUCAAACUGCUUAUAUAUCAAUAAUUUUAUCUGUACUUGGUGCUUUAUUUUGGGCAUUGCCACCUAUAUUUGGUUGGAAUAAUUAUAAACUAGAAGGUGUACGAACAACAUGUUCCAUAUGUUGGCAAGAUCGAACAAUAAAUGUUAUUAGUUACAAUGUUCUUAUGUUUAUUUUUGCUUACACUAUACCAUUAAUUAUUAUGGUUUAUUGCAAUAUAUGUAUUUAUCUUAAAGUACAUGAGAAUAGCCGAGCACAAAUGGCAUGGAAUACAAUUAAAAACUCAUCGAAAUCAGUUGCUUUUACAAUUGCCUGGACACCAUAUGCUAUUGUAGCAUUUAUAUCAUCAUUUUUUUCUCCGGAUUUAAUUCCACCAUUAGGUGGUACAAUACCAGCAAUAUUUGCUAAAUCAUCAAUUUAUUUUAAUCCAUUUAUUUAUAUUAUGUCAAAUUCUUAUAUGCGUUCAAAAUUAUUCCAUAUACGAAAAAAUACACGUCGAACACCAACUAAUAGUGAUUCAUUAAAAGAUAAUAAUAAACAAUCAGUUUCAUUGAAAUAUCUUGAAAUUAGUUAA